AGGACCACAAAAUGUAUGGUUGCUCAGUUCGGGGGUGGGGGAGUCAGAAGUCCGAAAUCAAGGUGUCCACAGGUUUGGAUCCUUCUGGAGGCUCUGAAGGACAGUCUGUCCUAUGCCAUUCUUCCGGUGUUUGGUGGCUGCUGGCAGCCCUCAGCCAUCCUUGGCUUGUAGACUCAUCGCUCUGGUCUCCUCCGCUCUUGUCACAUGUCCUCCCCUGUGUCUCUGUGUCCUCUCCCAUUCUAGUAAGGACACCUGCCAGUGGAUAUCAGGCAGCCCUAAAUCCGGGGUGAACUCUUCUCAAGAUCCUUAAGAAUUACAGCUGCAAAUAAGGUCACUCUUGGAGGUUCCAGGGGACAUGGCCUGUGUGUGUGUGUGUGUGUGUGUGUGUGUGUUUAAAAAGUAACAAAAUUUACCAUCUUAAUCAUUUUUAAGCGUCCCGUUUGCGGCAUUAAGUAUGUUCUCUCUGCUUUCACUGCUGUCCAUCCCCAGAACUCUUGGGAAUCUGAAACUACACCUAUAAAACAGCCCCCCAUUCUCCCCUCCCCCAGUCCCAGGCACCCACAAUUCGACUUUCUGACCGCUCUGGGCACCCCCCAUAUGUGGAAUUACACGUUAUUUGUGCUUCCGUGGCUGGUGUCUUUCACUCAGCAUAAUGUCUUCAAGGUUCAUCCGUGUUGGAGGCUAGGUCAGAACCUCCUUCCUCCUUCCUCCUUCCACGGCAGAAGAACAUUCCACCGUGCACAUAUGCCGUGUAGUUUCCCGUCCAUCCACCAGCCGCCGCUUGGGCGGCUCCCACACUUUGCUCACUGUGACAGAGCUACUACAGACUCAAUUCUUUUGGGGAUAUUCCUAGAAGUAGAAAGGGUGAUUCAUAUGGUGAUUCUAUGUUUAAAUUUUGAGGCCCUCUGUACCGUUUUGCACAGCAGCUAUACCAUUUUCUGUUCCUGCCGCUGGUGCCCAAGGCUUCUUCACCACCUCACCAAUGUGUGUUUUGUUUUGUUUUGAAAGUAGCCUGGGGACAUAUCCUUUUGGUAUACACUGUUCAGCUCACUACACACUUAACUGAGCCCUCCCUGCACACAGGGGAGUGGCAGCCUCUGUGUCCCGCUGUGCUGCAGGCCUUGUCAGAGCCUUGAAUGUUGAAUGGGCCGAGACUCCUCAGUCUGUGAUGUAUCAGGGCUGCAGCAUUUUCCCAGAGCUUGACUGUGCAUACAGACCACCCAUCAGCCUUGUGGGGGAGGCUGGUGGGUGCAUGGGAGCCCUCAGCCAUGUGGAGCUUUGUCAGGUUUGGCAGCUGGGCCCAUCCCACAGAGGCACCUGAUCAGGCCGUGGGGGUUGAAACCCUGAAGCCAAAACCACAGAAAGUGAAGUUUCCUUCAACAUCUUGUCUGGGUUGGUCACUCAGAUGUGUGAGUGAGGAAGUGGGACAGGGCCCGGGGCGAAAACAUGAAGAAAAGCAGAGAAAGCAGCCCAGCCGUGGGCUUGGGCAACAGCAGGUGGCCGUGCCCCCAGUGUUUCAGGCAGUAGCCAGGAUGGGGGGGGGUGCCAAGAAGCAGAGGGAUGUGAUGAGAGGCGUGGGGUCCCCACAUGGAGGUCCUUUGGGGUGCGUCACCUCUCCACUCCUCUCCCUGUAGCCGCAGCUCACUCACCUUCCCACCUUGUGUUCUACUGGAACCUGCCACACACAUUCCCACCUCAGGGCCUUUGUCUGUGCUCUGCCCACUACCCAGUAUUCUUUUCUCCAGCUUUGUGUACAGUGUGGGCGCUCACUUGCUUGAGGUCACCGUGCAACAUCUCCCCGAUCCUGCUCCACCACUAGUACUUUCUACCUCUUCCAGCUCCAUCUUUCAUCCUUACUUUGUCGUUAUCUGACACUUUCGUUGGUAUGCCAACUGACGGUUCAUGGGGGCUGGAGCCAUGGUCUGUGUUGCCCACUUCUGCAUCCCUGGCACAAAGUUCAAGGAUGACACUUGGGCUGGCAAGGAGUGAUGUUUGUUGAGAGGAGAAAUGAAUCCUGGGCAUGGGUGAGGAUUACAGUGUUUCUGGUGGUUUAAGCAAAAUGGAGGGUUAGCUCUCUCUCUGGAGGGAGGCCACCCGGGGUUGGAGCAAUGUCAUGUACUCUUCAGGGACCCCUUGCUCCUAAAUCAUAAUUGUGCCACUGUCACUAUGUGGGGUUCACCUCGUGGUCCAAGGUGGACUGCAUAUGCUCCAGCCAUCACAUCUACCUUCCAGCCACUGGAACUCAACACUCCCCUCAUUUGAAAGCCUGUGAGAUUCCCAUUUGAUCCUAUUUUCAGCCUGGAGCACAGAUUCUGCUCCUGCUCACCCUCCCUUCACCAGGGCUGCUCUCUGCCAGGUGCUGGAAAAACAGGUGAAGGGGUAGGGAGGUCCAACUAGCCUGAGCCAGUCCGGUGCUGUGUGCAUUGGUGGAGGACAGGCUGACAAGACAGGAACGCAAGGGACGCAUUGCACCAGUUCACGGUACACCAACAGCCGCCCGCCCUCUUCCCUGGUCCCAGCACAGUUCCCAGGAACUGGGCGUGUCUGUUCAGCUCUGCCUCCCCAGUCUGGGGUUGCUGGGGACUGUUGGGUCAGUGCUGAGUCCUCUCAGAACCCAGCAUCACCCACUGGGGGGAGUCCUUGUCCCUGUCCCUUGUCCCUUGUCCCCUUGUCCCUGUCCCUGCCCACCCUCCUUCCCUGCCUCACACACCUGACAACUGCUGUUUGUCCUUCUUGGUGUGGGCCCUGCAUCCCUCCUCCAAUGCUAGGAUUCUAGGCUUCCAUACCCCCAACCCACCCCUGGGGCUGCCCCAGCAGCCCCUGCAGAAACCAGCAGUUCUGAAGGCCUUGGCCCCAGGGGAACCAGGAGGACGCAGGUGCAGGGUGGGGCGGGGCAGGGGUAGAGCGGGGAUUCCCUCCCACCCCCGACACAUUUCACACAGUGGCCAUGCUCUGGCUUCCCAGGGAGUUGGUCUCAGCGGCAUCCAAGCCCCUCACUGGUUGCCCUGCUCCCGGGGUACCCCUGAACCCAGAAACCUGGGGGUUGUGGGAGGGGAGGGAGUGUCUGCUUUGCUCCUGAGGGAGACCCUAGAAACGGCAGCAGGAUGGGUGGGCGGCCCUCGAGCCCCCUGGACAAGCGGCAGCAGCAGCACUUGAGGGGCCAGGUGGACACCCUGCUGAGGAACUUCCUGCCCUGCUACCGGGAGCAGCUGGCAGCCUCUGUCCUGCAACAGAUCUCCCGUGAGCUGGGGCCCAGGGAGCCAGCCGGAUGUCAGCUGAUGCGCAGUAAAAAGCUUCCCCGAGUCCGUGAGCACCGAGGGCCUCUGACCCAGCUGGGGGGCCAUCCGCCUCGGUGGCAGCCGAUCUUCUGUGUCCUGCGUGGGGACGGCCGCCUGGAGUGGUUCAGCCACAGGGAGGAAUAUGAAAAUGGGGGCCAUCCCCUGGGUUCCACGACCUUGACAGGGUAUACCGUCCUGACUUCCCAGCGUGAAUAUCUCCACCUGUUGGACACUCUCUGCCCAGUCUCCUCAGGAGAGCAUACACAGGAAGAGUCUGACCCCCUCCUGGAAAUGCCGGUGAACUUCCCCCUGUUCCUCCAGCACCCCUUCCGCCGGCAUCUGUGUUUCUCUGCAGCCACAGGAGAAGCACAGCGAGCCUGGAGGCUAGCCCUCCAGGGUGGCAUCCGGCUUCGUGGCACAGUCCUGCAGCGAAGUCAGGCCCCCGCCGCCCGUGCCUUCCUGGACGCCGUAAGACUCUAUCGUCAGCACCAAGGCCAUUUUGGCGAUGACGACGUGACCCUGGGCUCGGACGCAGAGGUGCUGACCGGGGUGCUGAUGAGGAAGCUGCUGCCGGCGCUGCGAGCUCAGACCCUGCCCGGCCUGCGGGGGGCCAGGCGCAACCGUGCCUGGGCCUGGACCGAGGUAGGCGCGGGGUCGCGGAGGGGGGGCCGGGACACGCGGGGAGUCGCGGAGGCGGAUGGGGGCCCUACCCGGGGGCCCAUCUUCCCCCUCCUCUCGUCUGUCCCCGAAACUCUUUCCGCCGUCUCUCUGCGUCUCCGUCUUGGUCUCUCUGUUCUCGCACCCCCGCCCCAUCACGGCUCCGUCCUGCGCCUCUGGCCCGUGUGGGGUCCCCUCGGCCGGGCCGGGCAGCUCUUAGACGCAGUGCACGCCGCCGUCCUUGCCGAGGCCUCCGCCGGGCUCCGCGCCUUCCAGCCAGAAAAGGACGAGCUGCUCGCGGUCCUGGAGAAAACCAUCCGGCCCGACGUAGACCAGAUAUUGCGGCAGCGGGAGCGCCUGGCGGGGAGGCUGCGGGUCGAGGUCCAGCGCCCCCUGGAGUCGUGCCUUCACGGAAAGGUGGACACACAGCUGUCCCUGGUCACGCAGAAGCUGCUGAGCACCAUGGGAGCCGUGCUCUCGGCAGUGCAGACCCUCCUAGCUCAGGGCAUGGACCGCCUGUCUGGCCAUCUGCGUGGAAGCUCCUCUGGCACGCAGCUGCGCAAGGAGGUUUACUCAUUUGGGGAGAUGCCAUGGGACCCAGAGCUGAUGCAGACCUGCUACCGUGAGGCUGAGAGAAGCCAGGGGUGCCUGAGGCAGCUGGUGGUGCCAUUUGGCUUCUUUGGAACGCGGAGCCUGAUGUUUGGGGCCCAGGAUCUUGCCCAGCAGCUUAUGGCUGACACCGUGGCCACCUUCCUACAACUGGCAGACCAGUGUCUGACCACAGCCCUGGACUGCACCCAGGCUGCCCAGCAGCUGGAGAAAGUCCGGGGGCGUGUGCUGAAGAAGUUCCAGUCAGACAGUGGCUCAGUGCAGAGGAAUUUUACCCGUGGGUGGCUGCUCUCCAUCUUCUUGCCCUUUGUGUUGCACCAGCUGGAGGGGAGCUGCACAGUGGAGCUGCUUGAGUUCGAAGGAGACGUCCUUGCCGUGGGUAGCCCAGCCCUGACCGUCAAGGGCAUCUAUAAAGACAUCGUCCAGGGGGUCCUGCUGCAGAGGAUCGAUGGAGAAUUGAAAAGGGCCCUUGGUGCCAGAGACGUGUCCUGCAUUCUGGAUGGCUGCUCGGAGGCCCCAUGGGACCAGACAGCAGUAGAUGAGGAAGCUGAGGCUCAGAGAGGAACUCGCCCUGGGCAGCCAGCCUCUGGCACUGAGGUCCAGCCACUCUGCCCACUGCCUCCUCCCAGAACAUUCUGCAGUUGAAUCUUAGGCCACCUCGGUCCUUAUUCCCAUUGGGUAAAUGUCUACUAACAGAAUUUGGAGUCAAACAUAUGCACCAUUUCAAGGCUUUUAUAAUCCUCAUACCUCCACUUUAUUCCUCUCCAGAAAAGCUGGCCUCUUUCUUAUACUCCCAUCAACAGCAUUUUUGCAUAUUCUCCAUAUCCUUUCCAAACACUAGACAGUUUCAUAAAAGAAAAAAGUCAACUUGAGACACACGCAGACAUUUCAUUGUUUAAAUUUCACUCAUGGUGGCACUGAACCUAAAAAUAUGUUUAUUGGCCAUUUUUAUGUUUCUGCUUUUGUUUUGUUUUAAGUGAAUUGCCUGUUCAUGACUUUUCCCUACUUUUCUCUUCAGGAGGUUUUAUCUUUUUCUUAUUGAUCUCUAAUAACUCUUUGUAUAUUAAAGCUAUGAAUGCUUUGUUAUACAGGUUACAGGUACUUUUAUUCUCAACCUGCUGGGGGUCUUUUGGGUUUGUUUAUUUGCUCCAAAUUUUAACUUGGUAUCAAGUGUCCCCGCUGAGAGUGAAGCAUUUGCUGACUUCCCUCUGCUUGCCAGGAAGAGUCAUCUGUCUCCUUGGGGUUUGGCAGCUUCUCCCUAUCACAAGCCUUCCAGCUGCUUCCGGAGCAGAUUCCGGAGGGAUUUCCCCACGGUGCUUCUCUGGUUCAGCUUUCAUAGGGGAAUACGCAUGCUGCAUGGGAAUGGUUUCCUCCCAUUCCUCCCUGGAGUUUUUAGCCUCCCCAAAGAGAAAGAUUUUCUUCACUUUUCCUGACUUUACCCUCCAACUCAAACUUCUGAGAUAGAUUAGUGUUUCAUAGCCCUUGUACAGCUGGGUGGGAUUUUUUUGUUUUUGUUUUAAUUUUUAACCCAGAAUGUGAUGCUAAUUCUGCAAAAUUGGAACAACAAGAACUUGUCAUCCUGCCCUCUUUGAGAAGAUCACUAUUUGUGGGGCACCUGGGUGGCUCAAUGGGUUAAGCCUCUGCCUUCAGCUCAGGUCAUGAUCUAAGUAAGGGUCCUGGGAUCAGCCCCAAAUCAGGCUCUCUGCUCAGCAGGGAGCCUGCUUUCCCCACCCAUGCCUGCCUCUCUGUCUACUUGUGAUCUCUGUCAAAUAAAUAAAUAAAAUCUGUAACCAA